AUGAGGUUAUUGUACAAGGAACACCCCCGUACAUUGGUGUUGUACUCAGAAACAUAUUCAUUAAGUUUUAGAAUUAAAUCCAAAUCCGAUCCUACAGUUUAUUUGGAAUUAAUCCCAAAUACUGAUAUUACUAGAGAAAAUGGAUACAGAUCGUUGAUUAGAAAGGAAAUUUUUGGAUGUUUGGGUUUAAUCUACAUCUCCCAACAGAUAUAUCUUGCCGUUGUAACAGGCCAGCAAUCAAAUGUGGCCAACCCUAUAGAGAACGAAUCUGUCAACAGGAUUUUCUCUGUUGAUUUUGUAUCGUUGAAUAAUUCUGAAUGGGACUUUGUUGAGUUGGAUAGUUCCGGGUACCCUAUCACUGAUGCUGAAGCAGAAAACGAUCUUCAAGUAGUACACCCUUGUUUCAGUUUGAAGAAGCUACUUUCCAAUGGUUCAUUCUAUUAUUCAAACGAUUUUGACUUGACAUCUUUGUUACAGAACCGUGGUCUCACAAAUACCAUUGAUCAUUAUCAACCGGAUUAUAUGUGGAACAAGUUUCUUGUUGACCAAGUGCUCAAAUUUAGAUCCCAUCUUGACCCACACAAUCAAUUGAUAUUUGAUGACAAUAGGUUCUUGAUUGCCAUGAUUAGAGGGUUUGCUAAAACUAUCACUUUGGGCAGCCGUGGAGAUUCCUUAAGUAUCAUCUCAAAACAGUCAUGUAAGAGAGCCGGUACUAGAUACAACACCAGAGGUGUAGAUGAUAAUGGGAAUGUUGCUAAUUUUGUUGAAACUGAAUUUAUCUACAACAACCCAUCAAAGUCGUCGAUUUUCACGUUUACUCAAAUCAGAGGGUCAGUGCCGACUUUUUGGGAACAGGAUUCAAGCUUGAUGAAUCCAAAAAUUACUUUAACUAGAUCCCUUGAGGCAACCCAGCCAGUGUUCAACAAACAUUUUGCUGCUAUUACGUCUACAUAUGGUGUAUGCCAUAUCGUUGAUCUUCUUUCAAAAACAAAGUCUGCGGAAGUACAAAUUUCUCAAAGGUACCAACAGCUUUAUUCUCGCUGCAAUAAAAAGGAAGAAAUAGACUACACUGCUUUUGAUUUCCACCAUGAAACAAAAAUUGCAGGUGGGUUUGCUGGUGCUACGAAAAUUCUUUCUCCAUUGCACGAUUCUUUGCAGCUGUUUGGUUGGUUCACCUAUGAUACCAAUACUGACGAAGUAGUGACUCGCCAGGAUGGGGUUUUCCGUGUCAAUUGUUUGGACUGUCUUGAUCGUACAAACUUGAUUGAACAAGUUAUUUGCAGGAAUGUUUUAGAGAAUAUUUUGAGCAACCAGGGGUUGAAUAACCAGGCCGCAUGGGAAGUCGUUCUUCAAAGACACAAUACAUUAUGGGCAGAUAACGGUGACGCUAUUUCACAGAUAUAUACUGGUACAAAUGCAUUGAAAUCAUCAUUCUCCAGAUCAGGUAAAAUGAACUUUGCUGGUGCAUUGUCUGACGUGACUAAAUCUGUGUCAAGAAUGUAUCAGAAUACUUUUGUUGAUGGUAAGAAACAGUCCAUUAUCGAUACAUUGUUGGGUGUUGAUGGACCUAACUCGGUCAAGGUGAAAGUUUACAACCCGGCAACAGAGUUUGUUACCAAUGCUUUGCAGCAACAAGCAGGAGCAUUCACUACUUAUGAGGACAUCAGCAUGUUUACAGGGACAUAUAAUGUUAAUGCAUUAGAGCCAACUAGUCGUGUUGACUUGGCUGAUUGGUUAUUCCCACCGGAAAUUUCUGGACCGUUGCCAGAUAUAUAUGCCAUUGGGUUUCAAGAAUUGAUUGAACUUAAUGCGUCAUCUAUUUUAAAUGCCGACGGCAGCAGGUCAAACCAUUGGUCACAAUUGUUGAAUGAUCAAUUGAACUCUCAUAAUGAGGAGUAUGUAUUGUUGCGUACUGAAGCAAUUGCAACCAUGGCAUUGUUCUUGUAUGUGAAGAAAUCCAAAGUAUCUAAAGUCACGAGAGUUGCAGGAUCAUCCAAGAAGACCGGAUUGGGAGGUAUGUCUGCUAACAAGGGUGCAUGUGGUGUUCGUUUCCAGUUUGGAGCCACUUCUUUUGCUUUGAUUACAUCACACUUGGCUGCAGGAACAGGAGCUGUGGUUGAAAGAAUGAAUGAUUAUAACACUAUCAUGGAUGGUCUUGUAUUCACCAGGAAUUAUACCAUUAAAGACCAUGAUCACAUUAUUUGGUUUGGUGAUUUGAAUUAUAGAAUUGAGAUGUCCAACAUGGAAUGUCGACACUUGGUGGAAGGUGGUGCGUUUGACGAGUUGAUUCAACGUGACCAAUUAACAGACGAGAGAAAAAGAAAUGCCGCAUUUAGUGACUUCAGUGAAGGUCUUGUCAAGUUUUAUCCAACAUACAAGUUUGACAAGGGAACCACGAAUUACGAUACUAGUGAAAAACAAAGAAUUCCAUCUUGGACAGAUCGUGUGUUGUACAAGAGUAAGAACAAAGGUUUGACCCAAUUGGCAUAUAACUCACUUAUGAAUGUAUCAUUGAGUGAUCACAAACCAGUGUAUGCGAUUUUCAAAGCCAAAGUGGAAAUUAUUGACAAGGCUAAAAAACUGGCAAUUACCAGCAGUCUAUACAACAGUUUCAAAGAUGAACAUAGCGAGUUGUUGUCGUUGUCUGAUUCUAUAAGUUCGUCAAGUACAUCUAUUUCUACUGCCCCAGUACCACCACCACCAAGAACAAUGACUCCUACUAUGCCAGCCAUGAUUCCAAGAAAGGCAUUGACACCGACUCCAGCAACUCCAAAACUGGCAACCCCAAAGCCAGUCACACCAAAGCUGGUCACUCCCAAACCAGAAGCAGUACAACCGGCUGUGACAAAGCCAGUAGCUACACAAGUGCUCCCAUCACUGGUCAACAAGACGGCUACUCCACCAGCUCCGCCACCUCCAAGAAAAACAACUACCAUGUCUCCACCAGGUAUUUCAAUGAGUUCCGCCCCAUUGAUACCAACAAAACCAAUGGUUCCAGCUAAACCUGCAUCAUUAAAAGCAUCACAUACUUGA